GCUUUUCUACUUCCUCGGUCGGGUGAUGGAGUCGCAGGAGUUACCGGAGUGUCCUGUGUGCUUGCAACCGUACGACGGCGUGUGUGCAAUCCCGCGGGUGCUCGCGUGUGGCCACACGGUGUGCGAAACCUGCCUUGUAAACCUCCCCCAAAAGCUCCCGGGAGCAAUCCGCUGCCCCGCGUGUACUGCGCUCGUCAAGUACCCUCCAGAGGGCCCCACGACUCUCCCCAAGAACAUCGACCUCCUCAGACUCAUCCCCGGGUCUGGAAGUACCCGGAAACACGUCAACAAAUCCCCACAUGACUCCCGUGUCCCUUUCCUCCCUCGGUCUUGGUCAGACGAGUUUUACUCCAAUUGGAAAAUCUACAUUCUCCCUACCGACGCUGUUGAGAGACAAAAAGUAAGUCUUUUGGCUGUUGGGUCUUUUUCAAGUGGGGAUGAGGGUGGUUCUGGGUUUACGGCUGGCUAUUUUGUUAGAGUCAUGGAUUGUUUGAGUGGAAUGAAGGAGGAGGAAAGAGAGGAGUUGGGUUUAGUUUUAAGUGCUUUUAAUAAACAAAGUGGUAGAAUUUGUAGGGUUUUGGGUUUAUGGGGUGAUCUUGGAGAUGGGAUUUUGUAUAUAGUGAGUGAGAAGCUAGAAUAUGGGAACUUUUUGGAUAAAAACUUGGGUGGUUUUGAAAAGGAUGGGUUUUUUAAUUUUGCAAUGAUAGGUAUGGAAAUAUGUGAGGCAUUUAUUGCUUUACAUAAAGAAGGGUUAAUUGCUGGUUGUUUAGGUUUUUCUUGCUUUCAGUUUGAUGAUUUUGGGCACGUAUGUCUUAAUUUGUGUGAGGUGUUAUUGAUUGGAAGGGAAGUUCUUGUAGUUGUUGCAAAGGUGGGUUCUAGCGGGAAAAAGAUUGGUGAUGGAGAAAUUGUUUUGUUGAUAAAAGAUUUGUUUAAAAGGGAUGUGUUUGUUAGCCCUGAGGUGUUGCUUGAGCUGUUGGAGAAAGAGGGUAUUGUGGUAGAGUGUGGUAGCUCAAGAUAUUCAAUAAGGUAUAGCUCGGAUGUCUGGUUGUUAUGUUGUAUUUUGCUUAGGAUUCUCGUUGGGGAAGUUUUUAGUGAUGAGUUGGUUGAUUAUAUGUGUCAUGUUAUUGUGAAAGGAAGUGAAGAUCGUGAAUUGGAUUGUUCAAGUGCUUACAUGAGUUUGAUGGAGAAAGUGAGCUCUUUGUUGGGAACUAAAUUUGGUUCAGAAUAUGUGUCGUUGCAGCAGAUUCUUUGUAAAUGUUUGGAGUUUGAUCCAAAAAAUCGUUCACUUGUGAGAGAUGUGUGGAAAUUUAUUAGGGAGCUGGUUAUUAAACCUCAGUUUGAUAAAAUGGUCAAAUUGGAUGGAGCAAGUUAUGAUGAGAAUAGAGGCCGAUGCUUAGUUGUUGGAAAAUUGUUUCUGUUGUCCAGGGAAAGAAUUGAAAUACAGGAAAAAGAUGUGUCACAAGGAAUGGAAACAAAUGGUGCAGCAAAUAUGGUUAUUGGUCUCACAGAGGGAAGCAUUAAAUCUAAAGAUUUGCAAGGCCAUCUUGAUUGUGUUACAGGAUUAGCUGUUGCAGGUGGUUAUCUGUUUAGCUCCUCCUUUGAUAAAUCAGUCAAAGUAUGGUCUCUGCAGGACUACUCUCAUUUGCAUACAUUUAGAGGCCAUGAGCAUAAAGUCAUGGCUGUUGUCUGUGUGGAUGAAGAACAGCCAUUAUGCAUUAGUGGUGAUAGUGGUGGUGGUAUAUUUGUAUGGAGCAUUAGUACCCCUUUUGCACAAGAGCCAUUGAAAAAAUGGUACGAGGAAAAGGAUUGGCGUUACAGUGGAAUUCAUGCUUUGGCAAUUUCAGAGAUUGGAUAUUUAUAUACUGGAAGUGGAGAUAAAUUGAUUAAAGAAUGGUCACUGCGGGAUGGCACCUUUUCAUGCUCUAUGAGUGGCCAUAAAUCUGUAGUUUCCACGCUAGCAGUGAGUAAUGGAGUUCUUUACAGUGGGAGUUGGGAUGGAACUGUUCGAUUAUGGAGUCUAAGUGAUCACAGUCUUUUGACAGUUUUAGGGGAAGACACACUGGGAUCUGUGACCACUGUCUUGUCUCUUGCAGCUGACAUGAAUACGCUUGUUGCUACUUACGAAAAUGGAUCUGUUAAGAUCUGGAGGGAUGAUGUAUUUAGGAAAUCUAUACAAAUACACAAUGGUGCCAUUUUUACUAUUUGCUUGGAGGGGAAGUGGCUUUUUACAGGAAGUUGGGACAGGACCAUCAAGGCACAGGAAUUAGCUGGAGAUGAUUUUCAGGUGGACCUUAGACCUAUUGGAUCAAUUCCUUGUGAUUCUGUCAUAACAGCUUUAUCAUAUUGGGAAGGGAAGCUUUUUGUAGGUUUUGGUGAUAGGACUGUUAAGGUAUACUAUUAUGGGAAGUGAUCAAAGUCUCAUUGGGAUUGCUGUUGUUCUCUGCUCUAUAAUCUUGGUUAAGCACUUAGCAAAACCUUGAUUUUCAGGACCAAGAGGUUUCUACGAUGAACUUUGUACAGAAAAAUAUACCAAUACAUGCAUACGGGGAACUGGUGGCUAUUCACUCUCAACACAUGUAUAUCUGUUGGUGUCAGUGGACCAAUUUGUAGAUUGUAGAACCUGUAGUGCUCAAGUUGUUAUAUCACAAGCCAGGAUAACUAAAAUUAGCAAAUACAUGGAUUGACCCCUUUUUUCCGAUUGUUAUAUUUGGGAAGCAAGGCUUUGCGUUGCAA